AUGAAAUUCUCUACUCAAGUCCAAGCCGCCCUCGUCGCCACCGCCAUCAUUGGCGUCCCAGCUGUCCUCGGAACUGAGACCGAAACCGUCGAGCUCGAGGCGCGCAGGGGUCGCUCUUCCGGAAUCGGACGGGCCAUCGGUUCGAUUGCAGGCACUUAUGUCUCUCACCGCCUCAAUCAGCGCGAGGAACCUAAAGUCGAAGCUCGUUCGGACGAGGUUGUCGAUGCUCGUUCAGACAAUGUUGCCGAAGUCGAAGCCCGCUCAGACAAUGCCGCCGAAGUCGAAGCCCGCUCAGACAACACCGCCGACGUCGAAGCCCGUUCAGACGACGUCGCCGACGUCGAGGCCCGCUCAGACGACAUCGUCGACCUCGAAGCUCGCCGAGGCCGCGGUGCCCGCGCAGGAAAGGCGCUCGGUCACGUCCUUGGCCACGCCGCGCAUUCCUUCGCAGGCUCUUUUGCCCAACGCGACCUCAGCGAAGUUUCCGAACUUGAAGCUCGUCGUGGUACCAUCGGUGGUGGUCGCGGUGGUCACGGUCCAAGACUUCCAAGCCCCCGCCCUCGCCCCCGCCGUAAGCGCGAUCUCGACGAAAUUGACGAGCUCGAGGCGCGCAGACUCGCUCGCCCAGUCGGUUCAGGCGGCUUCAGCCCAGGUGGACGCGGUAGAUUCGGUGGACACGGCGGAUUCGGUGGCCGCCGCCCCCGGGAUCUCGACGAAGUUUUGGACCUUGAAGCUCGUCGUGGUCCCUUCCGCGGUGGUCCCGGUCCUGUUUCACGCCCCCAUCCCCGCCCCCGCCGUAAGCGCGAUCUUGACGAAGUUUCCGACCUCGAAGCCCGUCGUUUCGUCGGCGGUGGUGGUCGAGGUCCUGUUGCACGCCCCCGUCCCCGCCCCCGCCCCCGCCCCCGCGACGUCGACGAUAUCGUCGAUCUCGAAGCCCGCCGGGGCCGCGCAGCUUUGAGGAAGGUCGGCCAUGGCAUUAAACACGUUGCCAGCGGCUUUGCUAGCGCGUUUGCGGGCCGGGAUAUGGGUGACAUCGAAGAGCUCGAGGCCCGCCGUGGUCGCUUCGGUCGCUUCGGAGGAAAGAGAAGACUUGCAGCUCAAGAACAGGAGUCUCGGGAAUUGAACGAAGAGUCUGAACUCCUGCAGCGAGAAGUGGACGAGGUCGAGGAGCUGCUCACGCGUGAGUUUGAAGCCGACAAUCUCGAUUAG